GUUUUCUGAAUGUUGAGCUUUAAACAGUCUUUGUGUAGAAGCAUUUAAAAACAGAAACAUUUGUUUUUCUGUGUUAAUAUAGUAAGAAAGAAGUAGUUUCAUGACUUAAGUACUGCCGUGGGCAAAAUAUGCCCUCCCUGGUGCUCUGUGUUUCUCGAUAUGUUCUAAAGAGGGUCCAAGCUUUCAUGGGUUGGCUGGCUGGUGUCCAGGGCCCUUUAAUUCUCUGUUUCUAGUCUUCAACAUCUCCCAGCAGUGGGAGAGUGGUGGUUGGUUCUUGGAACAUGCGCAAGGCAGGGUCACUUCCUCAAAUGUCCGUCAAGUCUUGCUUUUCCCUCAAGAUUGUGCUGUGAUUUAGAGGUUGCUCAGAUUACAAUCCCUGACUCAUUUCAGGCAGUAAACUAAGAGGUUUUACAACCCACGGCAGGCCAAUCUUCCUUCCCGGAUGACUUUUAUUUUUUUUUUCUUUUCAGGUUGUGAAGAUAAAUCCUGUCUUUUACUUUUAGGAGCCUAGAUACCCAUAUACUCCAGCCAGCGUUUCCUCGGUGUGUUUUGCAAACAUCACGGGCGAACCCUCUGUGUGGGGGCAACUGAAUUGUCUUCUGCCCUGCCUGGUGUAAGCUGUGAGGUGCCAUCUCUCACGUGGCUUGAAGCUGUUUGCCUUUGUUUUCCGUCCUCCCCAGCAGAAGCCAUGGGUCACACAAUGAAGUGGGGAACACUACCACCCAAGCGUCCAUACCUCUGGCUCUCUCAGCUCUUGGUGCUCGCUGGUCUUUUUCACUUCUGUUCAGGCAUCAUCCCAAAGAGUGUGACCAAAAGAGUGAAAGAAGCAGUAGUGCUAUCCUGUGAUUACAACACAUCCACUGAAGAACUGACAAGCCUUCGGAUCUAUUGGCAAAAGGAUAGUGAGAUGGUGCUGGCUGUCUUGCUUGGAAAAGUGCAGGUGUGGCCCAAAUACGAGAACCGUACCAUCACUGACAUCACCAAUAACCCCUGCAUUGUGAUCCUGGCUCUGCGCCUGUCAGACAGUGGCACCUACACCUGUGUUAUUCAGAAGCCUGAGACAGGGACUUAUAAAGUGGAGCACCUGACUAAAGUGAGGUUAAUGAUCAGAGCUGACUUCCCUGUCCCUACUAUAAAUGAUCUUGGAAAUCCAUUUCCUAACAUCAGAAGGGUAAUUUGCUCAACCUCUGGAGGUUUUCCAAAGCCUCACCUCUCCUGGUUGGAAAAUGGAGAAGAAUUAAAUGCUACCAACACAACACUGUCCCAAGAUCCUGAAACCGAGCUCUUCACAAUUAGCAGUGAACUGGAUUUCAACAUGACAAGCAAUCACAGCUUCUUGUGUCUUGUCAAGUAUGGGGACUUAACAGUGUCACAGACCUUCCAAUGGAAAACACCCAAACCAACCCCUUCUGCUAAUCAGCACCUGCCCUGGACCAUUACCAUCACAGUCUCAGCAUGUGGGAUUGCUGUGAUCAUUGCAGUUACAGUAACAUGCCUGACCUGCAGAAAUGCUGCAAGAUGGAGACAGAGAAGGAGGAAUGAGGAGAACAUGGUAAUAGAAAGGUAUUCUCUAUCUACAUAGAAUCUGUGGAAGGAUCAAGCUGACCAGAACACCUGGAGGUAUCUUCUCUACCAAUGUGGGAUAUGUGAGAUCUUGUGGCUUGUGAACACAGGGUUUUCUUCCUCUCAGGACCAAACCUAAGAUCCUUUACCAAGUACCACCUUCUCAAAAUCCUCAUUCAGAGUACUCUCAACAGGUGGUUGGCACAUCUCUCCUUUCUCCUCACAUAAAAUUUGUUUAGUGUAACCUUUUCCUUUGUCAUGCCAUUCUGCCAUCUUAAAAUGUUCCCCUCUUUUCAGUCAACUCAGUGUCUUUUAGUAUUUGUCAAACACAUGUACUAUUUCUGAGCUAACUCCUUAUUCUCAUCAUUCCUUUUUCCCUGUAUCCCUCAGCACUGGGACACAGAGUGGGAUUAGUAGCUCUGUACUAAUUCAGUAAUAUCUCAUUGGUCUGUCUGCCUCUUACUAACAGAGUCAUCCCACUGACCCAAGCAUAGAGCCAUUUUCAUAAAGAAUUACCUCUUUGGGUCAUUUUCUCACUUAAAAAGAGACCCCAGUGUCUACAGGAAAGGCUUCAGAGCUUACUUUCCAUAUUCCAGUUAUCUCCUCAGUGUAAACAUCCUCAGUUGUUUCUAUCCUCCCUCACAUGGCAGUUUCCAGGAGCACAUGUGCACACCUUAAAUGUCAGUAAGUGGUAUCCAAGACUUUAGAUUUGAUCUGAUUCUAAAUAUAUAUGAUGGAGUAAUUACUGUUCAUCCAAGGAUGUUAAGGGAGCCUAACAUAAAAUCAGCUUUUGUAAGUAACACUAUUACAAGUGUUAAUCGCUCAGUCAUGUCCGACUCUUUGUGACUCCAUGGAC